AGACAUGGGAGCCACAUUGGUCCGCGCUAUGAAGAAUUUUAAUGUGGAGAGCAGAGCUCACCAACUCAUCGGGAAGGAUAAGACCAGAGCUGCGCCAAUGCACCCGGGCACCAAGGAGGCAGUGGCCGCUGUCGUCUCCCGUUACCCUGAAAUCCCAGAAAAAAUUUACAGAAAGGAUGAUCAACUCUUAUCACGGUUGAAGGAUGUUUAUGUUGACUCCACAGACCCUUUACAUGAGAUGAAACAUGAAGAUCUGUCACCGGCAAAAGAAGAGUUCAGAGCUCCAAAGCAGACAAUGACUAGUGUUUUUCUGAAUAUUGAAGUAGACAACAUUCCAAAGGGAAAAAUUUCAAUUGUUGAGGCUAUGACCAUUCUUAACAAACAUAAACAAUCUCCUCAAACAUUGACUGCAGAGAGGAUAGCGGAAGAAUACUGCUUAAAUAUUCUAGACACCAAUGCCCUGUUGGAGCAUUUUAGACCAUUUAAUGUGACGAUCAUUCAACAAAACAAAGAAAAAGAACAGAUUGAAGACCAGUAAGACUGCUGCCAUUUUAUCCGGGGCACUCUUGUGGAAUUUGUACUUGUUUUGUGCUAUAUUUUGAGAUUUUAAAUGUUG